CGGACAGGUAAGCGGAGUUCUUUACCUGAGGGGAGUUCGCAAAACUGAUUUUUUCGGAGGCGGGAGGGCCCGGCUGAUAGGACUCGUCGUCCAUGAACAUCUGGAGGGCCAGAGUUGCCCAUCCCUGAGCUAAAACCCCUCCCUACAGCCAGUCAUGGCCAAGCAAGGCUUUGCUUGCGAGCCCCCUCCAGACGUGGACACGGAUGACUGUCUCCAGGAAUACUGCCACCUCUUCAGCGCAGACAUCCUCAAGGACAAAGUGGCGUUCAUCACUGGAGGCGGCUCUGGGAUCGGAUUCCGCAUUGCAGAGGUACUGAUGAGGCAUGGCUGCCAGACAAUCAUUGCAAGCAGGAACCUGCAGAAACUGACAGAGGCAGCCAAAAAACUGUCCGCAGCCACCGGGCAGCGAUGCUUACCCCUCUCUGUCGAUGUCAGACAACCCCAGACAAUCGUCUCAGCUGUGGAUGAAGCCCUGAAAGAGUUCUUGAAGAUUGAUAUCCUUGUUAAUAAUGCUGCGGGUAACUUCCUCUGCCCAGCUAGCUCCCUGUCCUUCAACGCCUACAAAACUGUGAUUGACAUAGAUACUUUGGGCACAUUCAACGUCUCCAAAGUCUUGUUCGACAAGUACCUCCGGGACCACGGUGGAGUCAUCGUGAAUAUCACGGCAACGCUGAGCUACAGAGGACAAGCUCUCCAGGUGCAUGCUGGGACAGCCAAGGCCGCUGUAGAUGCGAUGACCAAGCAUUUGGCCGUCGAAUGGGGACCCAACGGGAUCCGAGUGAACAGCCUGGCACCUGGUCCCAUCACAGGCACCGAGGGCUUCCGGCGUUUGGGAGGGCGUCACGCCGAGUCGAGUGGCAUGUACCAAACCAUCCCGCUGCUGCGCAUGGGCAAUAAGACCGAGAUCGCUCACAGCGUGCUAUAUCUGGCGAGCCCUUUGGCCUCCUAUGUAACUGGCACGACCCUGGUGGUGGACGGGGGGAGCUGGCUGACCACCCCAAAUGACUUCCCCUCUCUGUUGGCUGUCUGGGCCACGGACAGAGAGAAACACAAAUGAAUUAGGACCUCAGGGCUGGCCGACGGGAUACCGCCGUUCAGAUGUUUUCCCAGAAAUGCCCAUGUGAGCGCCCUGGGCCCUUUUCUAACAGCAGGGUGGCUUGGGCAACAUCGGAAGUAGCCGCCUUUAAGAGCAUGCCUCUUUCAACUCAGCUACAUCUUAGGAUGUUUUCUGUGCUGGUUUCACGAAUUCAGCCUGUGGGGUUGCUUUAUCUCAAAGGAGAAUUUCCUCCCUGCUUUUUUUUGGUCUGGAAAAAAGCAUGAUCCCUUAACUGCUUGUGCCCCAGUUGGAGAAAUUACUAAAGUUGUACAUUGUACAUUUUCUCCAGCAGGGAUGUAAACAGCUUGGGAACUGGCCAGGUUUGCAGUGCUUUGAGUGCAGAAGGUUUAAUCCCAGACGUCUGCACUUAAAGGACUGGUUAUCAGGGGAUGUGAAAGACCUUGGAUUGGGGCCUUGGAAACCCAGGCUUUGACAUUCUGCCUGUGUCUGUAUCCUAACUGACUGCAGGGUUUUUUGGAAAUUUGAGGGGUGGGUGUUUACCAAUCAAGCAAUCUUUAUUUGUUAUGAGCAUAGAUCAGCCAAGAUGGACACUCACACAGAAUCAUCAGUGCAAUGAAAUUUCAGAGCCGUACAACAGACUGAUUUCAAAAAGCACAAAUUGCUUCCUUGCUGAGCAUACCAAGGGGCCGUUCGAUCCAGCUCUCUGCUGUUUUAGUUUUUGAAUUGUCUUUUGAAAGGCCAGGUUACUUUCCGCACAGGACUAUUUGACUGGUUUGGAUUAAUAAGAACAUUCCUGUUUGUGUAUAUCAAAUGUGUUUUUUCCAGUAAGAAAAUGGCAGGAGAGGAAAUUAAAGUGACCCUAAGAAAGCGGUCCCAGAGGCUGCAUUUAGCAAAGCAAAUGUGAUUAUUUGGAAUAAAAAAAUUACGGAAGAAAUUGUAGGGUCGGUUGAACCCUUAGCGUUACAGGAGAGAUAAAGGAAAUAGGGGCCUGUGGCAUUUUUAUGUUCUUGGCCACAAGCCUUGCCUUUUUGAGAUUGUCACAAGCUAUCUGGGAUGGUAGCUGGAAGAACGCUUGUGGCUUCCCCUAGACCCAUGGCUAAUUGGACAUGCUGGCAGGGGCUGAUGGGAAUUGUAGUCCAUAACAUCUGGAGUGCCAAAGGUUUGCCACCACUGCCCUAGACUGUGGUUACUGGAAACCCAUUUGGCUUGAUGUUAAAUAUUUGCAAAUUCUUGUGGCCUAUUAGCUUGUCUGCCAAGCUCUCCGCUUGGGACUUUCUCAAGGAAAGGUGUCCACGUGUGUGUUCAGUGUCUACCCACCUAGCCUGAAUUUUCACAGCCUCUUAUCUUUGUGGGUCUGUAUCACACAGGGUAAUUCUGCACAUCCUCCAAUGCUAUCCCCCCCCCCCCUGCCCCCAGUGAUCAGUGCAGCAACUGGAAAGAGGGCAGCUGCCCUUCUGAGGAUUGUCUGUUUUCUAUCUAAUAAAUCUCUUUUGAAAAAAUUUUGGUCAGGCUUUUAGUUUUGAGUAUUGACUUGAUUACUGAUGUGGUAAAUGCGUGUCUGGAAAUCCAAGGGGAAAUCCCAU